AACAGCAGGGCUGGGUGCAACCCAUGGGCUUGUUGAAGGUUUACAUGGCAGUGAAGUUCCAUCUUCUCUUCUGGCCUCUGUGGGCUUCAGCAGUUGCUCCUGACAAAAUUCGUCUGAGUGGCGGUGCACACAGCUGUGUUGGGCGACUGGAGGUGUACCACAGUAACGAGUGGGGCAUCGUCUGCGCGAGGAAACCGAACGAAGCAACCGCCAAGGUGGUCUGUCGCCAGCUACGCUGCGGGAACGUGGAGGAGAUGAACGUCGGCUUCAGCUUCGGGCAGGACCCCCCCCACAAGGUGUGGCUGGACGAUGUGUCCUGCAAUGGAUCUGAGUCCUCCCUGUUUCAGUGCAGCUCCGUCAACUGGGGGGUCCACGAGUGCAACUUAAAAACCGAUCACUUUAACAUCAAUUGUUCAGAGCAUAUUAAGGUCUCCCUGGCAGAUGGAGUGGAUCGGUGUGCUGGCAGAGUCGAGAUAGCCUACCAGGGGAGGAAUGGCACGAUCUGCCCCCAAAAUUGGGGUCAGCGUGAAGCUGAUCUCGUCUGCAGAGAGGUUGGCUGUGGGGAGGCGUUGAGUUUCGGGAGGGGGGCUGUGUUCGGCCCGGGAGCUGGACCAGUCUGGAUCAACGAUCUGAGCUGCACCGUCCACGACACAAACAUCUGGGAGUGUGGCAGAAUGAUGAACCGCAAGUGCAAGGAUGAAGAAAAAGCUGCCAGCGUGGUGUGUGCGGACCACAUUGAAGUGAGACUGGCUGGCAGAGAAGAUGCCUGCUCGGGGACACUGGAAGUUAGGAAGGGGAAAGAUUUGUUAUCGACUUGUCCGCCUGAGAUUGACUUGACCGACCCUGACAAGAUCUGCGAGAAACUGCGCUGUGGAAAUGCCACCUCUUCUCGACCAAUCAACUGCACUGGCUCAAAUCUGACGUGCUCAGGCAGAGUACAUGUCUCAGUAGACAGUCACUGCUACGGAACUGUGCGUAUCAACCACACCGGCCAGGAGGGGGCAGUGUGCUCCAAUAACUGGGAUCUCAAAGCCGGGACGGCGGUUUGUAAGAGUGUGGGCUGCGGUAAGGCCGUCUCUGUGUACAGCACCCAGGGAAGAGGGCCAGUCUUUCUUGACUACCUGCGAUGUAAUGGCAACGAGAAACAUCUGUGGCAUUGUGGAGCCCUGCGACCCACUCAGGAGAAUUGUCAACAUGCUGCUGUGAUCUGCAGCGACAGCGUGAAAACACGUCUGAUGGAUGGACACGGUCCCUGUGCAGGGAGAGUGGAGGUCUUCUACCGGGGGGAGUGGGGGAGGGUGUGUAACACAGACUGGGACAUGAAAGACUCCAACGUCGUGUGUGCUGAGCUGAACUGCGGUAAAGUCCUGUCCUUCCACCAAGCACCCAUCUUCAGAAGCGGCCAAGGAAGAGGCUGGAGAAGCAAAGUGCACUGCAGCAGCACUGAGACAUAUUUGCGGGAUUGUCCGGGAGGCGCUGACUGGGGCAAGGACUACUGCUCUCACAACCAGGAAGUCGGAGUUGUAUGUGGAGAACACAAGAAGCUACAACUGGCAAACGGCACCUCUUGCUCCGGUGCUGUCGAGAUAUUCAGCCGUGGCAGCUGGAUGGGUCUGAGUGGUGCAUCUUGGGAGCAGGCUGCAGCCCAGGUGGUGUGCAGGCAGCUGCAUUGUGGGAACGCUGUCUCCAAAGAGGUGAAGGCUUUGGGGAGCGGGGAGGUGUGGAGCCAUUGGUUCAACUGCUCUUCCACAGAGGACAACGUGUUUCGCUGCCAAGCUGAGAAGGUGGCAAAGAGCGAUCCUGAAAAGGACGGCUUUGCAUACGUCAAUUGCUCAGGGAGCGUGUCCGUGAACCUGACCGGCUCAGAGGACCGUUGCGCUGGGCUGGUGGAGGUGUGUUUGGAGGGUUCUUGUGGUUCCGUGUGCGGCAGAGACUGGAGCGCGAAGGAGUCCGAGGUGGUGUGUCAAGAACUGGGCUGCGGGAAGGUGGUCGAAAUGCUGGAUGACUUUACAGUUCCGUCUGAAAACACGCGGCCCCUGCUGGAUUUUGUGAGGUGUACGGGCAAUGAGUCCUUUCUGGCCCAUUGCAACCUGCUGAAAGUGGGCAGCCAACAGUGCCAGAAAAGCAAUGCAAAGGUGAUCUGUUCAGACAGCAUCAAGCCCCGCUUGGUCGGUGACGAAGGCCGUUGCGCGGGGACAGUGGAGGCCUACCACUCUGGGAGGUGGUGGUCGGUGUGUGACCAGAACUGGAGCAAGGAGGCUGGGGACGUGGUGUGCAGACAGCUGGGGUGCGGGCUGGCCGUGGAGAUCCACAGAGGAGCUUACUAUGGACCGGGGUCCGGACAAGGCUGGGUGAAUGUCAGAGCUUGCCAAGGAAGCGAGGAUUCCUUCUCUCAGUGCAUCUCUCCUGGUAAGGGGCAGCAGUGCACGGGGCAAGCUGGUGUCCGCUGUUCAGAACACAGGGAGAUCAGACUCCAGGGCCCAGAGCCCUGCUCUGGGAGAGUGAUACUCCACUACAACGACUCCUGGAGCCCAAUGUGCAGCGACCAGUGGGGGCAGAGCCAGGCAGACCAGCUGUGCCAGCACCUGCGCUGCGGGAAAACAAAGUCAGUGCACAACGACACCACCCUGCAGAGAUACAGCAAGUGGUUACGGCUCCAACCGUGUACAGAGAGCAAUCCCUGGGACUGCCCCCUGGAACCUGCAGACUGCACGGGGAAGACUGCUCAAGUCAGCUGCACCGACACAGUCAAGGCCACGCUGAGUGAAAAAUGCUCGGGCCAAGUCCGUCUCGCUCGCAACAGUCAGAACGAGAGAGUGUGCGGCGGGAACUGGGGUAUGACGCAGGCCAGGGUGCUGUGCAAGGAGCUGGACUGCGGCACCGCCCUGUGGACAGUUUGGGACUCGCGGCACCAGGACAACAACACACUGGAUGCCACGGUGGACCACGUGCGCUGCAACGGGGGGGAGUCUCUGCUGUGGAAGUGCAGAGCUCUGAGCAUUCCACCCAAAACGUGCAGUGCAGCGAAUGACAUCACCGUGGUUUGCGCAGCUGGUUUCAAAGCAAGGCUGUCGGAGCACUGCGGAGGCCGGCUGCAGGUGAAUCUCCGAGGAACCUGGGAAGAUGCUUGCCCUGUGAAUUCUAAAGGGGGAGAACUGGUCUGUAAGGAGCUGGGCUGCGGAACUAUGACAAAGACCCAAAUGACAACUGUCCUCACCAGCAAUGUCUCAAGGCCCUAUUUGAACUGUACACAGGAAUCCAAGGAGUUGUGGCAGUGUGCGACUCAGAAGACAUGCAGGCUGCAGGAACAUACCUUUGUGUAUUGUUCAGAAUACAGAGCUCCAUUCAAUCCUCUGCCCUUGAUUUUGGCCUUUGUGGUGAUUUUGGCUGUGCUGAUCUUGGUCUAUCCUUUGGUCCGACUCUACAAAUGGGCUAUGGUUAAAAUAAAUGCGAUGAAGAGAGCGUCGAAGGUGUCUGACAGUAUCUCUGACUACGAGGACAUCAACGCCAGUGAUGAUGAGCAGCCGGGCACGGAGCUGGAACGAUUAGCUUCGUCUGAGAGGCGUGAGAGAUCAGACGAGGAGGAUUCCCAAGAUCAGGACUUGGACUCUGACUCCUCCUUUACAGGUGGAGAUGUAAAUGGUGACGUGGAUGUGGAGAAGGGACUGGCGCGCCUCAACUCUGACAAGGAGGAUGUUUAUGAUGACGUGUCUGAGAGCCUGGACGAAGCGAACCCCGACGAGCCAGCCAACUUGCAAUGGGAGCGAAGAGACCAAGAGGGGUACCCCCCACCCCCAGACCUGGAUACCCAGGUCGAAUAUGAUGACGUGGAGGAACUUUUGGAGUCAGGACACUCCCUUUCGGAGCAUACCAGAGUGGGGGACCUGGGACAGACAGCAGGGGGCGAUGGUGAGACGUUAGACGGGACAGGGGAUCCAGACUGUUGAAGACUGAAGCAGUGGCUAUGAAAACAUUGGAAGACAAUGACAGCAAAGAGACUGUGAAGUGCUUGUAAGAUACUGGAACGAAAAAAAAAAUGGCUAGAAUUGUAUCCUGUUUUUAAAUGAAGGAUUUACAAUCAAUCUGCUUCUUAUCAGCAUAAGCUGGGCCCCAAAACUGUUGGGCGCAAAAUCAUUUGUGUUAUUCGCUUUUCUUUUUUGUUUAUUUCCUGUGCUGAAGGUCAAUCUCACUCCCCUGGUUUUCCAGCUACUAAACCGACUGAAAGCACAAACAAAUACCAACUUCAAUCACUUUGAAAAUGUACAAGACACUGAAUAUACUGGAGUCUGCAGUAGCUGAAAGUAAAAUUUGUACCAUUCAUUUUUAAUAACCAUGUGCAAAUAUACCUGAGUGAAGAGAAAAAACUGCCUAGCAGUAGUUGUUGUGUGCAUUAAUGAUUCAGAUAAUUGCUUGCAUCAUCAAGACGUGUAUUUUAGUGGCCCGAAAAUUUCAGUUCAUAUAUUUAAAUGUCGCAACUUUUAUUUUAGCGGGUUUUUUUCACCUGCAAAUGUGUUUUUUUAUGACGUGUGUUUGCACUGCACACUGUAGCUUUAAAUUGCAAUGUUUGUUUUGUGAAAAUAUUUGAAAUGACAAAACAGUGGAUAUACUGCGCAACUUUGUAUUUCGC